CCAUCCCAACUCAAACACCGGCAACUAGUGUUCAGGGACUCUCCUCACCCAUACUUGUCUGUCAAAUAGCUCUUUCUCAAGAAAACAACAUGUGUAACUCCAAAAUCAAGUCAGGCCAUGCAGUUGGCCUCGAGGAGGUGGCGCAAAUUGAUGGGCGGGCAGUCUUGCAGCCUGCCUGCAACCGUAUCGCAACCUUGGAGGCCUGCAGGCCGCUGAAGAAGACCCUACAGAAAUCCAUUUCUUUGCCUACUUCCUUCGCCAACACUAAUACUAAUUCUGACUUUGAUGCUAACGAAACUAAACUCAUUGCUUCUUCGCCCAAGGCUCCUAAGUUCUCGCCACCGGUGUCUCCCAAGGCGAAGCCAGCCAAGGUUGUGGUCAAGCGUAGCAAUGACCCCAAUGGUCUGAACUCUAGCAGCGAGAAGCCGGCGACACCCAAGUCCUCCGGGAAAUCGACUCCGGUGGUGAGGAAGAAAUCAAAGAAAACUAGCAGUGCUGGCCAAGGUGGCCUUUCCGUAGAAGCAUCGCUGUUUUCGAGCGACAGAGCUCCAGGUAGCAUUGCAGCUGCUCAGAGGGAGCAGGCUAGCCUCAUGCAAGCCCAGAGGAAGAUGAGGAUCGCCCAUUAUGGGCGGACAGCAUCCAAGCUUGAAGGGAAGGUAGUCACAGUGGACACUUCCUCCAAUGCUAGCCAAGAGGAGAAGAGAUGCAGCUUCAUAACAUCCUAUUCUGACCCACUCUAUGUGGCAUACCAUGAUGAGGAGUGGGGAGUUCCAGUCCAUGAUGACAAGAUGCUAUUUGAAUUACUUGUGCUGUCUGGUGCUCAGGUUGGAUUGGAUUGGACUACCAUAUUGAGGAAAAGGAAUGACUUCAGGGCAGCUUUUGCUGAAUUUGAUGCAGAAGUGGUCUCCAAGCUCACAGAGAGACAAAUGACCUCCAUCAGCAUGGAAUAUGGGCUGGAUUUGGGGAGAGUUAGAGGGACCGUAGAUAACGCCAACCGAAUCCUUGAGGUGAGGAAGGAGUUUGGGUCGUUGGACAAAUAUCUAUGGGGGUUCGUGAACUCCAAGCCCAUCUCCACAAAUUACAAGUCAUGCAGGAAGAUCCCCGUCAAGACCUCCAAAUCCGAGUCCAUCAGCAAAGAUAUGGUCCGCCGGGGCUUCCGGUUUGUCGGCCCAACCGUCGUCCAUUCCUUCAUGCAGGCCGCCGGCCUCACCAACGACCACCUCAUCACGUGUCCCCGCCACCUCUACUGCUCCUCCGCCGCCGCCCAUUGACAACGACAACUGUCUUUUACCCUCUGAUUUAACCACCACAAUAUAUAUGUUAGUAUCAGCCUUAGCUUUCUUUUUCUUUUGGGUCAGCAAAGAAUCUAAUGGGGAGUGACCAUCAGUGUAUAGUCUUUAUAGUGUUUCUUGUGAAGUGCUGUGAACUUUUUCUAAGUGAUGGGGAUGGAUGAGGAGGCGAGGAAGGAGAGAGACAAAGGGAAGGGGGCGAUUGCAUGUGGCGAGGGGACAGAGAGCACGUGGUUUGGCAGGGCAACUGCACCAUUGUGUGUCAGAAGGGCUUUCCCUUCGGCCAUGUGACCACAUAACACGCCUCAUUAUUCCCCCUUGCCAUCCCCCCCCGGCCCAGCUCAACUUCCCUUUAACAGCCUGUGGGAGGACGAGAAGAAUAUUGUGAGAGGACCCACCAAUGCCGUCCGCCAUUAGCCUUCCUUAGCUUAAUGGGUGUUAUUCCCCAUUCUCUCUCUCUCUCUCUCUCUCUAAGUUGGUGUUUGCGUCCUUGUUGGGAAAGAGUUGUGACAUUGCCACUGGGCUAACUACUUUUUUGCUUAAAGGAAAUGAAGCCCCCCUUGCCAGUGGCAUGGAUGGGCUGGAGGUGUAGUGUGGGUUCUAUAUGUUGUCAUGUGGGUGUGCAGUUUGCUUAACAGAUAGUGUAUACUCUCUUCUUUUUUUUCCUUUUGACGUCUGUACAAGAAUCCUUCUCCAUGUGCUCUCCCUUUUCUUUUGGUU